UGAGAUUUGGCUUUGACUGGCAUGACACUGGUGAGGUGAGCAAGCGGAAAACCACGCUGAGUGAAUUUAGUAGAGCUACAGCAGAAUGGAGGUAUCAAGGAGAAGAAUCCUCCAAAAACAUCUGGAGCCAGCAAGACCCCUUCGUCGCUGCAUUCAUGUAGACAUCGAGCCCGAAAUAAAUGCUGCUACAUGCGCACAGACACUGAUGGAGGUAAUGGAUCAAGAGACAAAUGUUGACAUUGAGCAGUUCUACAAGAUUAUCAGCCUCCACAAACAAAAAGAAGGCAGAAUAUCUUACACAAGAGCUUUUUUAAUUGGUCUGGCAAGUUGUCCUGAGGCCAGGAAGAAGCCAGAGUUCUUACCAGAGCAUCCAAUAGUCUUAACCAAGGCGAGAGAUCCUGAGCAGCUAAAGUUUAAGGAAUCAAUGUGGAAUGGAGAAAAAGGAGACAUGUUGGCAGAAAAGCUUCACUCACCUUAAAAAAAAUUGCACUGUUAUUUACUUUUAAGCAUGAAGAGUGUUUCUAUUAUUUUGUUUUGUUUUGUCUUAUUGCUUUUUGUGUUGAAUUUAAUUUACAUAUUUAUUAUUUUGAAUGAGACUGAUAACAGUGUGGGGUGAAGUUGCACAAAGUCAAAUGAGUAACUCUGUUUUAUUUACUGAAGUGUGAGUAUUGCUUUUUUUGCUUCCUUUUCCUGCUGUGUAGUGAAGUAUUUAUAUUUUGUAAAAAAAAAAAAAAAAAAAGAAAGAAAGAAAAGAAAAAUUCUAGACUCCAGCUUUGGUUGUCGUCACAUUUAGUUAAUUGUUUAUGUGAUAACCAAAAAGGUGGCAGUAAUGUUCAACAAGUCCAGUAUUGAUUAAGGUUACAGAGGUCAAUAAAGUUUUGGACUUCAUGCUAGCAUCGCAUUGUGUCUGAG